CUUCCCAACCAUCUACUCACCUCACCACACUCUUUGAAUGCUACCAUUCCUUCACUCCCCCCUUUUAAAUACCACAAGCCCCAUCUACCCCUUCUUCCUUGUCCAACCCAAACCCACCUUCUACUCCUCCUCCCUCUCUCUCUCUCUAAGAGACUCUGAGUGAGAAUAUGGCACCAGUUGCGUUCGAUGACUACGCCUCACUAUCAAGAACCGUGUGUGUUAUGGACGCUUCAGGUCCCCUUGGUUCUUCCCUUGUGGAUCGUCUUCUCCAAACAGGCUACACCGUACAUGCUGCCCUUCAAAACCAUGGUGAUUCACAAGAUUUGAAGAGACUUUGCGUUGACAACAACAAGAACCUCAAAGUCUUCCAUUCAGAUCCCUUCGAUUACCAGAGCUUAAUGGAUGCCUUGAAGGGUUGUUCUGGCUUGUUCUACACCUUCGAACCUCCACAAGACCAACCCACCUUCGAUGAAUUUAUGGCGGACGUGGAAGUGAGAGCAGCGCACAAUGUGCUGGAGGCGUGCGCACAGACUGACACGAUAGAUAAAGUCGUGUUUACGUCGUCAGUAACGGCCGUUAUCUGGACAGAAGACAGAAAGUCAACCUCUGACUUUGACGAGAGGAACUGGAGCGACGUCAACUUCUGUAAAAAAUUCAAGUUAUGGCACGCAUUAUCUAAGACGCUAGCGGAGAAGACGGCUUGGGCUUUGGCGAUGGACCGCGGGCUUAGCAUGGUGAGCGUAAACGCUGGGCUUCUAUUGGGUCCUGAGCUAUCGAUCACGAAUCCAUAUCUGAAAGGAGCGGCUGAGAUGUACGAAGAUGGAGUGAUGGUGACGGUUGACCUAAAAUUCCUUGUGGACGCUCAUAUCUGCGUUUUCGAAGACGUAUCAAGUUACGGCCGUUAUCUUUGCUUCAACCACGUCAUCAAUAGACCCGAAGACGCCGUGAAGUUGGCCCAAAUGCUAACGCCCGCCUCUGCUUCCGCACCUGAAAGUUGCGAGGAAUCCAGGAUUUUCGAGCAGAGGAUAAGUAAUAAGAAGUUGAACAAACUGAUGGUGGAAUUCAGAAGUAAGAGUAUCAUGGAGUGAUGAGAAAAUCUGACCGUCCAAGAAAUGAACGGCUGGGAAGAUGAAACGUCACCAACCUGGGCCCGCAAUUAUUCAAGAAAUUGUAUUAAAUUUUGUAAACAUUAUUAUUAUUACUAUUACUGUUAUGGGAUACAUGGGGUUCGCCCUUAAUUAAAUAAAACCACUGGGGCUGCAAAUGCAAUGUAUAUGAAGUUAGUGUACAUGCAUAUGUGUCUUUUUUGGUGAGAGAGAGUGGUUUAUUCAUCAGAGCAAUUUCUCUGAUCAUCCUCCUUUCCCUUCUUCUUGUAUGUAUUGACUUUUUCACAGAUCAAAUGAUUUGAGGAGAAGAUGCUAACAA